GCGGCCCCGGUUCCCAGAGCAGCGCUGCGAGCCCGCCCGGCUCCCAGCCCUCGGCGGGAUGCGCUCGGAGGCGGCGCCGCAGCUGGACGGGCUGGAGAGGUUCGCCAGCGCCGGCAAGGGCCGGGGGCUGCGGGCGCGGCGGCGCUUCGCCGUGGGCGAGCUGCUCUUGAGCUGCCCGGCCUACGCGGCCGUGCUGACGGUCAGCGAGCGCGGCAGCCACUGCGACGGCUGCUUCGCCAGGAAAGAAGGAUUGGCCAAGUGUGGAAGAUGCAAACAGGCCUUUUAUUGCAAUGUGGAAUGUCAGAAGGAAGACUGGCCAAUGCACAAGCUGGAAUGUGCCUCCAUGUGCACUUUUGGGCAGAACUGGCAACCCUCAGAGACUGUGAGGCUAACAGCAAGGAUCCUUGCCAAACAGAAAACUCACCCUGAAAGAACACAGUCAGAGAAGCUGCUUGCUGUAAGAGAGUUUGAAUCACACCUUGACAAACUAGACAAUGAAAAGAGAGAGCUGAUUCAGAACGACAUUGCUGCUCUGCAUCACUUUUACUCAAAGCACUUGGACUACCCUGACAAUGCUGCCCUUGUAGUUCUCUUUGCACAAGUUAACUGUAAUGGCUUCACAAUUGAGGAUGAAGAACUCUCUCAUCUGGGGUCAGCCAUAUUUCCUGAUGUUGCAUUGAUGAACCAUAGCUGUUGCCCAAAUGUGAUUGUGACUUACAAGGGAACCUUGGCUGAAGUCAGAGCUGUCAGGGAGAUUGAGCCUGGAGAGGAGAUUUUUAGCAGCUAUAUUGACCUGCUGUAUCCCACAGAAGACAGAAAUGACCGGUUAAGAGACUCCUAUUUCUUUAGCUGUGAUUGCAGGGAGUGCACUACAAAAGAAAAGGAUAAAGAGAAACUGGAAAUCUGCAAGCUGAAUGAUCCUCCGUCAGCAGAGACAGUAAAGGACAUGAUCAAAUAUGCCAGGAACGUGAUCGAGGAAUUCAGGCGAGCCAAACACUACAAAUCCCCCAGUGAAUUACUGGAGAUCUGUGAACUCAGCCUGGACAAGAUGGGUGCAGUGUUUGAGGACAGUAAUGUUUAUAUGUUACAUAUGAUGUACCAGGCCAUGGGUGUGUGUCUUUACGUGCAGGACUGGGAAGGUGCGCUGUGUUACGGGCAAAAAAUUAUCAGACCCUACAGUAAACAUUAUCCCUCCUACUCGCUGAAUGUUGCCUCCAUGUGGCUGAAGUUAGGGAGACUGUACAUGACGCUGAAGAACAGGACGGCUGGAGUUAAAGCCCUGAAAAGGGCAAUUGCUAUCAUGGAAGUAGCACAUGGGAAAGAUCAUCCAUACAUUUCAGAGAUCAAAAAGGAAUUAGAGGACCACUGAGCCUUUGAAUCUAUGCAAUCCUUCAAACCUUUAUUUAAAAAGCCUUGUUAUGGAAACCUUCAGGAGCGCUUUGAAAAGCGGUAGAGUAUGAACACAGUUCUGUCCUAUAAUUGGAAUGACAAACACACGUAGGCCUAGCUUCCACACAUCUACAAUUGCCUUUUUUUUUUUUUUUUGUAAGGAAGCAGCCAUGGUUUCUUAAAGGUUAUGCCUUUUGAUGGCUCAUGUGCAGAAAUGGCCAUUUUUUUUCUUUAGGGGUGUUGGUGUGGAUCUUAUUUGUGUAAAGUAAAUAAAGUGGUCUUGGCCCUUCUGGA